AUGUCCACCCAUCCGCAACAACCACAUCACACAAACAACAACACGAAUGAGAAUGAUGGAACAACCGAGAAUAAUGCUGAUCAAACCUCUUCCGCCAUACUGAUGAAUGAACCAACGGAACAGGAAAAGAAAAACAAUCCAGACAACAAUCCCAUCACCGAUCAAACGGUAAUUAAAAAGAAAAUCAAAAAACUAACGGAAAUUCAUCACGACUGGCACGAUGGAAAUGAUUGCACAUGCUGUUCCAGGUCCUUUGAUAAUAUCAUCAUUACCACUUCGAAUUUACAUGAAAGUGAUGAAACUAUGAAAAAAGUUUAUAACACAAACAGAGGAGCAUACUGGGAUUGGUUAGGAAUGGAUGACAUGGGAAAGAAAUGUUUCUAUUACAGAAAUGAUCCUUUCAACAGGGAAGAAUAUUCAAAUAUUGGACAGUUUUUUGAUGCUCUAGAAAGUAAUUUUCAAAUAAUCAGAGAUGAAUUGGACAAUAUAUUGAAAGAAGAAGGACAGGAUUUUCAAGCAUGGCCAGAGACUAUCUGUAAAACAAAAGGAAAAUGGAAAGUGUAUCCAUUGGGCUUUGCAUUUGGACGAGAUUUAACCAAUGAACCAACAAAAUGUCCAAGAUCAGUGCAAUUACUUUCCAAAUUGAACAAGGAGUGCAAUGUACAUAUAACCACUGCUGGAUUCAGCUGCUUAUCCUCAUAUUGUUACAUUUCCCCUCACAAAGGUUAUUGUGGAUACAGUAAUCAUUGCUUGAGAGUGCAUAUGGGAUUGAGAGUACCCACCAGCAAUCACCAUGGAUGUGCCAUACGUGUGGGAAAUAUUAGACAUUGCUGGAAAGAGGGUGUUGUUUUUGCCUUUGAUGACUACAUUACACAUGAGGCCUAUAACUUUACAAAUGAGGAUCGUUAUAUCCUAUUGUUGGAUAUUCGCUUCAGAGAAUGCGAAAAAUUCAAGUUCUACCAAAAACCACCACUUCAGCUGUCACCACAACAACAAAAUUUAUUAAGCUUAAAUCUUAAUAAUGAUGACGAUGAUGAUGAUAAAUGCGCUACAAUGCAAGACCAAUCAAGUGUUGGUUCAUUGAUUCACAAUAAGUGGAAAGGUAUUGGCAAAAAUACCACUACAACAACGUCAACUGCAAACAGUCAUGAGCCAGAAGAAGGCCGAACAUUUGUCAUCCUCAAAGAAUACAUAACCAACGACAUUGAAUGUGUCAAUGCCAACUAUACGAACGAGCUGAAAGAUAUGCUAAGGAAUGUUGUGGACAAGCAUAAUUGA